UUGAAACCGCCGGCGGGAAGAUGGCGGCUGCAGCGCCCGAUCCCGGGAACCUCCAGGUUCUCCCGCAGUGGGCAGGUGAUCAGGAGCCGAGAUGAUGAAGCUUACGAGUCGUUGUGGGAAGCGGCGGCGCUCGUCGUCCGGAUCGGACUCUUUCUUGGGAUGGGGUAACAGCAGCAGUGGCAGGAGAAGGGACAGAAGUGGUGAAGGGAUUGGGGUCAGUCCUCGGGAACCGGCGGGGCCGGUGCUGAGCCCACCCCCGGGCUUGGAGCUCAGCCUGAGAAGGAGCACCCUCCCCUCGCCAGGAUCAUGCAAGCCCAUAGUAGUUCCUGAGAACCAAAUAGACAAAUUGCUCCUGGCAAGCUGGGGGCUUCCCAAAGCCGUUUUGGAGAAAUAUCACAGUUUGGGUGUGGUUCAGAUGUUUGAAUGGCAAGCAGAAUGUCUCUUGCUUGGACAGGUUCUAGAAGGGAGGAACUUAGUCUAUUCAGCUCCUACAAGUGCUGGAAAGACCCUGGUUGCUGAAUUACUUAUUCUGAAGAGGGUUUUGGAAAUGCGUAAGAAAGCUUUAUUCAUUCUGCCCUUUAUUUCAGUGGCCAAAGAGAAAAAAUAUUAUCUUCAGAACCUGUUUCAGGAAGUAGGAUUGCUGGUGGAAGGCUACAUGGGCAGCUGCUCCCCAACAGUCCGGUUUUCUGCUUUGGACAUUGCUGUCUGCACCAUCGAGCGAGCCAACGGUCUGGUCAAUCGCCUAAUAGAGGAAAAUAAGAUGGAUUUGUUAGGGAUGGUGGUUGUAGAUGAAUUGCACAUGCUGGGAGACGCUCAUCGUGGAUACCUGCUAGAGCUUUUGCUGACUAAGGUUCGCUAUGUGACGCAGAGAGCAGCAGCAAGCCCAGAGAAUUUGACCAGUGAUUUUUCUAAAGACAUUCAGAUCGUUGGCAUGAGCGCAACCCUCCCUAACCUGGACCUUGUGGCUUCCUGGCUAAAUGCCGAACUCUAUCACACCGACUUUCGACCCGUCCCGCUCGUGGAGUCUUUAAAAAUUGGGAACUCCAUAUACGACUCAUCCAUGAAACUUGUGAGGGAAUUCCAACCCAUGCUGCAAGUGAAGGGAGAUGAGGACCAUAUAGUUAGUUUAUGUUAUGAGAUCAUUCGUGAUGGCUAUUCAGUCCUAAUAUUCUGUCCAUCCAAGAACUGGUGUGAGAAACUGGCGAAUAUCAUAGCCCAUGAGUUCUGCGAUCUUCAACGUCAAGCAGAGGCAUUGGCAAAGCCACCUGAACUUCACCCCAUUACAUUGGACCACAAGGGACUCGCGGAAGUGGUGGACCAGUUAAAACGCUUGCCUUCUGGCCUGGACUCUGUCCUGCAACAAACUGUGCCAUGGGGCGUGGCAUUUCACCAUGCAGGUCUCACUUUUGAGGAGAGGGAUAUUAUUGAAGGAGCAUUUCGUCAGGGCCUUCUUCGUGUUUUAGCAGCAACGUCUACACUUUCUUCUGGAGUGAAUUUGCCUGCCCGCCGUGUGAUUAUCCGGACUCCAGUCUUUAAUGGUCAAUGUCUUGAUAUUCUCACUUAUAAGCAGAUGGCUGGUCGGGCAGGAAGGAAAGGUGUAGAUACAAUAGGUGAGAGUAUUUUAGUCUGCAAGAAGUCAGAGAAAUCCAAAGGCAUUUCUCUACUCCAGGGCUCCCUCAAACCUGUGUGCAGCAGCCUGCAGAGAAGAGAGGGAGGAGAGACAACAGCCAGCAUGAUACGGGCUAUUCUGGAGAUAAUAGUUGGUGGAGUUGCCAAUACACCAAAAGAUGUACAGAUUUAUGCUUCUUGUACUUUUUUGGCUGCGAGUCUGAAAAUGGAAAAACAGAAAAGUUUGAAAGGGGAAAAGCAGAAAAUCCGACAGGAACAGCAUGGAGCAAUUGAAGCCUGUGUGAUGUGGCUGCUCGAGAAUGAAUUCAUUCAGGUUUCAGAAGCUAAUGGUGAAACAAAAGAAAAAGUAUAUCAUCCCACUCACCUUGGUUCAGCCACUCUGUCUUCGUCUCUUUCUCCAACUGAGGCCUUGGAUAUUUUUGCUGACCUCCAGAGAGCAAUGAAAGGCUUUGUUUUAGAGAAUGACCUGCAUAUUGUCUAUCUGGUUACUCCUCUAUAUGAAGAUUGGACAGCUAUUGAUUGGUACCGGUUCUUUUGCCUGUGGGAGAAAUUACCCGUCUCUCUGAAGAGGGUGGCAGAGCUAGUGGGGAUUGAAGAAGGUUUCUUGGCCCGCUCUGUGAAAGGAAGGAUAGUAGCCAAAACUGAGAAACAGCACCGACAAAUGGCCAUACAUAAAAGAUUUUUCACUAGCCUUGUUCUAUUAGAUUUAAUCAGUGAAGUUCCCUUGAAGGAUAUUAUUCAGAAAUAUGGUUGUAGUCGUGGACAGAUUCAGUCUUUACAACAAUCAGCUGCUACUUAUGCAGGGAUGAUAACCGUGUUUUCCAACCGUCUUGGCUGGCACAACAUGGAGCAGCUGCUCUCUCAAUUUCAGAAGCGCCUUACAUUUGGUGUCCAGAGGGAGCUGUGUGACUUAGUGCGGGUGUCUUUACUGAAUGCGCAGAGAGCCAGAGCUCUCUACGCCGCCGGCUUUGUCACAGUGGCUGAUCUUGCCCGAGGACGCGCUGCUGAGGUGGAAGCUGUUCUGAAAAGUUCUUUACCAUUUAGAAGUGUCCGCAGGGCAGUAGAUGAAGAAGAAGAAGCAGCUGAAGAACGACGGAGUAUUCGAACUAUCUGGGUAGCUGGGAGAAAGGGAUUAACUGAAAGAGAAGCAGCAAUACUUAUUGUGAAGGAAGCCAGAAUGAUUUUGCAGCAAGAGUUAGCUGAAAUGGGAGUGCAGUGGAAUCCAGACUCUUUUUUAAACUCUGAAACCCAUUCAGCUAGCAGCAGUGAAUCAGAAAUGGAGGACCUAAAAUCUAGGUAUCCCGCCAAACAUUUAUUUAAAAGACCUAGAGGAUCAAAGAGAAAAACCACAAUUCCUUUUGAUAAGUCUCUUACAAAGAAUUCGCCCAAUACUGAGCAAAAAGCUCAUAUGGACAAAAUGCCUGCCAGCACUUCAAAUUACAUUCCGCAAAGUGGAAAUCAAGAACAUCAGCUACAUGUAGAAAUGAAAAAUGAUGAAUUUGUUUCUAGUUCAAGAAAAUCCCCAUUUUUGGGAACAAGUAAAGAUAAAGUAGUCACUACUGUGAAUAAAAGAAAGUCAAGCACUGAGGAAAUUACUAAAACAUUCUCUAAUGGAAAUAGGAAAAGAGCAGCUUUAAAUUUGAGUUCAGAAAAGCUGCCCAAAACUCCUCAGUUUUAUAAUCAAAGUAAAUUGAACCAUUCUGAAGCUGGAUGCAGCGUCAAAGACUCUAGAACACAUAGACUUGGUUCACAAAGUAUUACUAUUGUUGGUACUGUUAAAGAUUUAUUCCCUUCAGAUGAAAAGAGUACAGAAUUUCAAAUGCCUGAGUCUUCUGCUCAAAAUGAAUCUUUGGGCACUAGUGUCAAAUAUUUUAAACACCAAACACCAGAACUUCUACAACCAGAGGAAAGUUGUUUAAAGAACCAAAUGACUAAAGAUUCUGAUUCAGAACAUCUCAUUGUAGAAUCUCAAACAGAAAAUAAUUCUGGCCAAGCCCCUUCAGUUGUUGGGUACAAUGGAGUGGGGAAAGCCAAGCCAAAUAUAGAAAUAAUGACCAAUGCUUUGCUAGACAAUAACAAUUAUAUGAAAAAUCAGAGUGUUUAUGGGAAGCACACCAAUGCCAAUCCAAUUACUAAUUGCCCUCAAAAAAGACCCGUUACACAUGCAAAAGUCUGUGUCAAAGAGGAAGUAUUGUUAAGAAGAGAAACACACAGUCAUUCUACAAACACAGAGAAAAGUGUUGCUACUAGCAAAUGUGAAGGUGGAGAGUCUAAGGCUGAUGAAAAUAACCCCAGUCAUUUUCAGCCACCAGAAGACAACAUAAGUAGACCCAAGGUGCCCAAUGGAAUUAUGUUUCAAGUUGGAGUUGUGGAUAGAGACCAGGAUGAAAAUGAUCCAAAGACCUCUGGAGUGAAAAAAAAAGUGGGUGUUUAUGCUGCAAAUGAAACCAAAAAUAAUCGGUCUUCUGACUUAGGCUUAGGCUUCAGGGACUUUGAUGAUAGCUUCCACCUGGAUACUCAGACAGAGAAAAUAAUACAACAGAUGGCAGCUGAUGCUGCGAAACAAGAAGGAGCAAAGGACAAAAACUUAGUAGCGAUGUUGACCCAGAAGCGCUUAAGAAGACAGAAUUCUGUUAGCACUUCACAGAAUGAAAAUAAUAUUUAUUCUAGUGAAGGUACAGCUGUAGGACUUGGGAUUGUAGAUAUUAUGAAGAAAACCACUGAGUCACAUGCUGUUGAAGUCCUAGAAAGCCCAGUUUUACAAUCUCCAAUGACAUCGAAGGAAAAUUAUUUUCCUUUUAAAGGGCAUGAAAAUUCUGUCACUGAUUCCCAACUAAAUAGUUUUCUUCAGGGUUAUCAAACACAAGAUUCAGUGGAAUCAGCUAUUCCCCUAGGUCUUCAAAAGAGAGCCUCAGUUGGCCAAGAAGGAGAUUGCCAACUCAUUUUUGAAACAAGUUUGAAUAUGAGUGAUAGUUUGCUUUUUGAUAGUUUUAGUGAAGAUUUAGAAAAAGAUGAAAUAAAGGAGCACAAACCAGAUCCACAAAAAGGCAUGCCUCCUUCUGCAAUUACUUAUGAUCAUUCCAAUUCCAUUUUGUGUCAACAACCUCAUGGAUCAAUGGAUAAAGCAGUUUCAAAUCUAUUACCAGUUGAUGUGAAUCAGGAUAUACAGCAAGAGUUUGUCAGUUUCAGUGAUGAAUCAAUUAUGUUCUCAGAAAUAGAUUCCCUUCAGAUGGCUGAAGCUUUGGAUGGUCCAGAUUUAUUUCUCAUUCCAGAGCAACACGUCACUGCAGUAACUCUUAAUGGAUUAGAGCAAAGGAAUUCUGGAGUUAUAAAUGGUAAUUACCCUAGAUCAAGAGUAGAUAGGAUAGGUCAGGAUGAAAAUGUCCAAAUAAAUAAAUUUACUGGAGAAAAUCAAGACAAUCCUGUGGCAUGGUCUGGGGCAUCAUUUGAUUUAAGCCCAGGACUUCAAAAUAUUUUAGAUGGAUUGGAAAGUGAUAAGCCAAGUAUAGUGAAUAUGGAGCCACCUACUUUGAAGGAAAAGAGCAUAGGCUUAAAAAACAACUUUGAAGAGUUGAAAAAGGAUGCUAAGAGCUCAGAUUUUCAUGGUGAAACUUCAUCUCCUUUGCUUUAUAAGGAAAGCAAUAUUAUUUCUGAUCAUCUGGAAAGUCAUGCAUUUUUUCCUCUUGCAUCCACUUCUGUACCACCUAAGCAUGGCCUAUCACAGGUCCUUGGAACAUCUGAAAAACUUGGGAAAGACAAAAUGGUUUUACAUACAGAUGAAUGUUUGACAUCAGAUAUCGAAGAUCAAAAUUUUAGACAAAAUGGAAAUAUACAUAUGAAAAACCAGAGUCUUACUAAAGAUACAGACCUUUCGCCCAAGUUUUCACAAGAUAUGUCACAAUUAACUCUAGUCCCAUGUACUGAGAUUUUAACCAUCAUUGAUGUAGCAAGUGACCAAACUCUCUUUCGUACCUUCAUCAAAGAAUGGCAGAGCAAAAAGAGAUUUUCCAUUUCACUAGCUUGUGAAAAGGCCAGUCGCCCUACAUGUCUUAAAUCGACAAGUAUAGGUGGUAAAUUUAAGCAAGUAAGAUCGCCAGAAUUGAUCCCUGCUACAGAUGAUGGGUUUCCUGUUAAAGGCCAUGAAGACCUCUUGCUGGUUGGACUGGCUGUCUGCUGGGGUGAAAGGGAUGCCUACUAUUUGUCACUGCAACAGGAAGAACUGCAUUCUGAAAUCAGUGCCAGUUUAGCACCACCUUCUUUGGAUCCAAAUCUGACCGUGAAUGAGAGGCUGAGACAACUUCAGGCUUGUUUGCAGCAUGUCUCUGUGAAAGGACGCUCAGUUAUCAUAUACAACUUCAUCCAGAACUAUAAGACGCUUCUUCUGUCUUGUGGCAUUUCUCUGGCAGGAAAUUUUGAGGAUCCGAAGGUAGCCUGCUGGUUACUAGAUCCUGACUCUAAGGAGCCAACACUCCACAAUAUAGUUACGAGCUUUCUUUCUCAUGAGCUACCCCUGUUGGAAGGCAUAGAAACAGGUGAAGGCAUUCAAAACCUGGGACUGAAUACGAGCGAUGACCACUCUGGGAGGUACAAAGCAGCCAUAGAAUCGAUUCUCGUCUUCAACACUAUGACCCAACUCAAUUCGCUGUUAGAAAAAGAAAAGCUACAUGAUGUUUUCUGUAAAGUGGAAAUGCCCUCCCAGUACUGUUUGGCCUUACUGGAACUAAAUGGAAUAGGUUUUAGUACAACAGAGUGUGAGAAUCAGAAACAUGUCAUGCAAGCCAAACUCAAUGCACUGGAGGCUCAGGCUUAUGAACUAGCUGGCCACAGCUUCUCCUUUACUUCUCCCGAUGACAUUGCCGAGGUUUUGUUUCUGGAAUUGAAAUUACCACCAAAUGGAAUUCAAGUAAAAAAGAAAACUUUGGGUUCUACCAGAAGGAUGAAUACAAAUGGGCGUACUACCAAGAUGGGCAAACAGUUCAGUACUAGUAAGGACAUUUUAAAGAAGCUGAAGAACUUACAUCCAUUACCAGGCUUGAUUCUAGAAUGGAGAAGAAUCACCAAUGCUAUUACCAAAGUUGUCUUCCCACUGCAGAGGGAAAAGUGUAUGAAUCCUGUCCUUGGAAUGGAAAGACUCUAUCCUUUAUCACAGACUCACACUGCUACUGGGCGAAUAACUUUCACAGAGCCAAAUAUCCAGAAUGUGCCAAGAGAUUUUGAGAUUGAGAUGCCAACACUAGUCGGAGAGAGCCCAUCUUUUCAAGCACAAGGCAGGAGUUUACCUUUCAAGAGCAGAGAAAGUAAAAGUAAUAUAAAUUCUGCGUAUCAGAUGCAGUUGGCAGCAAGAAUCAAAGACAAUGGGAAGCCAUUUUCUGUUAGUAUGAGACAUGCCUUUGUUCCUUUCCCAGGAGGAAUGAUCCUGGCUGCUGAUUAUUCUCAACUGGAACUGAGGAUCUUGGCUCAUUUGUCCCGAGAUCGCCGUCUCAUUGAGGUAUUAAACGGUGGGGCUGAUGUUUUUAAGAGCAUCGCAGCCGAAUGGAAGAUGGUUGAUCCCGAAGCAGUUGGGGAUGAUCUAAGGCAGCAAGCCAAGCAAAUAUGCUAUGGAAUCAUUUAUGGAAUGGGAGCUAAAUCUCUAGGAGAGCAAAUGGGCAUUCAAGAAAAUGAUGCUGCUUGUUAUAUUGACUCCUUCAAAUCCAGAUACACAGGGAUUCAACGUUUCCUAAGAGAGACAGUGAAGAACUGCAGCAAAGAUGGGUUUGUUCAAACCAUUCUGGGGAGGCGAAGGUAUUUGCCUGGAAUCAAUGACCAAAAUCCCUACAAUAAAUCUCACGCUGAACGUCAAGCCAUCAAUACCACAGUCCAAGGGUCGGCUGCGGAUAUUGUCAAAACCGCCACCGUUAACAUCCAGAGCCGCUUAGAGGCGCUGCCUUCCGUCGCCCAGUCUCACGGCCACCGAGAGAGUACGCUGGGAGGCGCCAGGACACGCUCGUUUCCGGUAUCUAAUGCCGGGCUGAAGAAAGGAUUCCAAAGACAAUUUUGUCCAGUAAAAGGAGCCUUUUUCAUCCUUCAGUUGCACGAUGAGCUCCUCUAUGAGGUGGCAGAAGAGGACGUUGUCCAGGUCGCUCAGAUCGUCAAGAAUGAAAUGGAAAAUGCUGUGAAGCUCUCGGUGAAACUGAAGGUCAAAGUGAAGAUGGGGCCCAGCUGGGGGGAGCUGCAUGACUUGGACCUGUGACUCUGGGAGGGGAGUCCCCCUUUGGUUCCUCUGCGGGCGGCCUUCCUCGUUGCACAGAGGCCGCUCUCAGGGUGCCACCACGGCCAGAGUGGCAGCAGCUCUGCGGAAAACGGAGGCGCUUUUUAUCCAGGCUCAAAAGCGCCAUCACUGUGGGUGUUUGUCUCUACAGACACUGGGAACUUACUGCGAUUUGGGGGAACAGAUGGACCUUUUUCAAAUGAAGUAGAAUUCAGUGCUCCUACCUCCCCCCCAAAGUACUUGGGGAAUUGCCUUUCAUUGAGUAAGCACAUGGAAUUCAAUGGUCUCUCAGGAUCGCUAUUGCUGCUUAAGCAGGCCUGAUGCCCAGCACAAGCCGCCUGCGUGAAUAGCGGCCUAACAGGCGAAUGCUCUCCUCCGCCGUCCCACAUUUGUGCCCUCGCACUCAGUUCUGUUCUCUGGAUCCCAAUAGCUGUGACCUGGACAAGCAAUAGACAAGUAUGCUGUUUUGCACACCCGAGUUAGGCUUUCUGUGAUGCUUUUAUCCAGAAAGAACUGAUGGGCGUUGGGCAGGGCAGGGAUUAUUUUAGGCAUUUAGUGAUUCUAAGCCCUGAGGAGUCUAAAUUUUGAAUUUUAGGGUGUUAAGAGGGGAAAUUGGGAUGAAAGUUACCUAGAAAUGUUUCCUUGAAAAGCUUUAUUUUCCCUCUGUUCCCAUCCCCUGUCGCACACAAUGUAUUUAAAAUACUUCUUUCCUUUUCCUGAAGCUCCACUUCUUAAAAUGGCACUAGUUUUAGAAAGAUGCUUUCUUUUUCAUUUGAAACUGACACUGACAAUUCCCCAUCCUCCUUGUUGUCUUAGUGCCUCCUUCCUUUCUGAAGCAGGGCAUCCCGUAUGUAAUUAGAAAAUCUCAUGCUGAAAAGAUUGCACUUUAUACAGAGCUCAAAGUUGGCCCUUCUCAUUGUUGAAAUAAAAUGAAUUUGUGAUGA